UUGGACAAACCAACAAAGACUUUCUCACAAUUACACUGAGAGACAUUAAUGGAAUAGCAAACCCAAAACUUGACAAACUCCACUACUCAAAAGACAACUGCAAAACACGACCUAUGAACUCAAUCCUACAUAUACUCUCACAACUGGGCCAGAUAGACAUAUACAGAUUUCACCACCAAUCCAAAAAAGAAUACACAUGGCAAAAUAAUAAUGGAGCUGCAACACGAAUUGACUACAUCUGGCUGUCUCCAAAUCCAAACUGGUUCACACUGGAGGCACACAUUAUACUAUCAGAAUUUAUUUCCAAUACAACAAAGGCAAAGCAAUGGAAGCUAUUUCAAGAGAAUCUGGACAAAGAAAUAGAACUGCAAGAAGAUUCACACAACACCACCCAUAUUAUUUGUACAACAGCAAAAAGGCAUGUCAAGAAAGCCAAUCCAAAAAAAACCUCCAUACGCAAACAAACAAAAACUACUUCCAACCACACAAUUCCAACUGAAACAUCAGCUCAGUUUAUAACCUUGGGAAACUGGUACAUCUAG